GCAUGGCCGUCAAUGUGUACUCCACAUCGGUGACCAGUGAGAACCUGAGCCGCCAUGACAUGCUGGCCUGGGUCAACGACUCGCUGCAGCUCAACUACACCAAGAUCGAGCAGCUCUGCUCAGGUGCCGCCUACUGCCAGUUCAUGGACAUGCUGUUCCCGGGCUGCGUGCAUCUGCGCAAGGUGAAGUUCCAGGCCAAGUUGGAGCACGAGUACAUCCACAACUUCAAGGUGCUGCAGGAUGCUUUGAAGAUGGGAGUCGACAAGAUCAUCGCGGUGGAGAAGCUGGUGAAGGGGAAGUUCCAGGACAACUUUGAGUUCAUCCAGUGGUUCAAGAAGUUCUUCGACGCCAACUACGACGGAAAGGAGUACAACCCGCUGCUGGCGCGGCAGGGCCAGGACGUGGCACCGGCCGCCAACCCAGGUGAUCACAUCUUCAACAAACCCAAGAGACCCAUUGGUACUGCAGGUAAUGUUGCGGCCCCGGGGCCGCCCGCCCGCCUGCCCGGCUCCCACGUUGCUAUCACGGCAUUCAGAUGUCUCGGAGCGGGUGCGGGGCGGGGGGCUCUGGCGCCGGGGAUGUGGAGCCUGCAAUGGAGGGGCAGGCCCUGGGGGUCUCAUGACUUCCCAACAGCAGAUGCCCAGAUUCUCGAGCUCAACCAGCAGCUGAUGGACCUGAAGCUGACGGUGGACGGGCUGGAGAAGGAGCGGGAUUUCUACUUCAGCAAGCUGCGGGACAUCGAGCUCAUCUGCCAGGAGCACGAGAGUGAGAACAGCUCUGUCAUCGCCGGCAUCAUCACCAUCCUCUACGCCACCGAGGAAGGCUUCGCGCCUCCCGAGGACGACGAGCUGGACGCGGCGCAGCCCGAGGACCAGGACGAGUACUAGCCGCGGCCCUGGAGGGCCGGCGCCGCCCGCCCGCCGGCCGCGCUGUCACACAUUAUAGCCGUUUCCAACCCACCCGGCGCCGGUGUCUGUGCGUUCGGCAGCUCCGCCGCGCCCCACGGACGGCCGCCCCACCACGCGAGGAGAGCGACACUGUACAUAGGCCCCGGGGCGGCGCGGGGGCCUGGCCCCGGCCCUGGCCCCACCGCCCCCUAUUUAUUUCCGUUGCCGUCUGUGGUGUGAGCCCCGCCCG